AUGUGUGCCCAGACAGGUCCAGUUACAGGCUACAGGUGCAGCAGGUGUGAGACGUUAUUCUCAACUGAGGACUACCUGCACAGACAUGUGAGGGUUAAUCUGGGCAUACCAGGUGUCCAGACAGGUGCAGUUGCAGGCUACAGGUGCAGCAGGUGUGGGAAGCUGUUCUCCACCCAAGACUACCUGGACAGACAAAGAGGCAUGCAGACAUGUGUCCAGUCAGGUGUCAUAGGCUACAAGUGCAGCAGGUGUGGGAAGCUGUUCUCCACCCAAGACUACCUGGAAGGACAUGUGAAGAGACAUGCAGAUGGGUCAGGGACAAAGAAGUUUAGAUGUAAACACUGCAGUUAUUCAACUGACAAGUCAAGCAACUUCAAAGAUCACCUGCUGACCCACACAGGAGAGAAACCACACAAGUGUCUCACGUGUGGGAAGGGGUUUGCAAAUAAGCAAAACCUUAAGAAACAUCAGCUGGUUCACACAGGAGAGAAACCCUACAGGUGUGGAGUGUGCGGGAAGGCGUUCAAUGUAAAGUCAAAUCUGACCACACACAUGCUGACCCACUCUGAUGAGCAGCCCCAUGUGUGUGGAGACUGUGGGAAGGGGUUUUCAAAGGCAAAUAAUCUACAGGACCACAUGAGGACUCACACUGGUGAGAAGCCUUACAAGUGUCAACACUGUGACAUGAGGUUUACAGAGAGCAGCAGUUUGAAGAGCCAUGUUAUCAGAAAUCACACUAAGGAGUUUCCUCACAGGUGCCAGCUGUGUAACAAGGGUUUCAUGGCGCCAAAUCGGCUGAGAACCCACAUGCAGAAACAACAUGGGAACUAUUAG